GACAGUCAUAACCCUUCGUACCCGUCAGUCGAUGCCAUCCCCAAGGACGACAUGACUUUCAAUGUCUACAAGGAUUUCAACGCUUGUACUGAGGACCACUUACACUACUGUCCUUUCGAUUGCCAGAUGAGCGACGACUGGGCGGCGCAGGUGCCCCCUGGAACUCCGGAACCCGUGUGCUACAACAGUGAGACACACCAGCCGGACCACAGCCAUAACAAGGCGGACGGAAAGCCAUGCGGCAUAGAAGGGAAGCGCUACUACAGGAAUUACACGCGCAACAUCGCCAUGUUGCCCGACGGCGUGACGCCGGCCGAGGCCAAGUACGGGGGCAAGGGGUGCCCGACGGGGUUGUGCCCGACCGAAUUAUUCGACAAGGACGGCCCACCAACCGAGAGGCCGCCCACCGCUUGGGCGAAGUGCAAUAAGCAGGAUGGGGCGCAUAUGGAAGUAGCGUCAGGUUUGAAACCGACAAAGUUGAAAUAGUUUGUGACGCAUGAAUGGCAAGGCAUGAAGUGCCUCUCUUCUUGCAGGGAUUUUUGCAAGUAAGGCCGACUGUCAGCCUGUUCGGGGUCUGCGAUAGAGCUGCUAAAGUAGCAUGACAAAAGACGCCUUCUAUCCCUAAACAGCAUGACAAACUGGAUUUAGCCGGUUCCGAAAUUUGUCAUGCGCCGCUUCGAAAUUGCGCUUCCAACUGGUAUCCAUUUUAUGCAUGGCAAAUCAUUUCAACUUUGACGAUUUCAGUCCUGACGCUUCCAUAGCGCAGUCGGAUUACGCAGAAUACCACGACUUUUUCGAGCCCGCUUGCCAAACGGCGCCGCCAGGUUCGUUGAUGCUGUGUCCGGUAGACUGCGUGAUGAAGCCGUGGAACGAAACCAAGGCAGCAGAUCUUUCCCUCUGCGCCCUCGACGAGAGUCCGGUCCGGCCGAAAUUACCGAUUUACGGUCCGGACGAAAUUAAAACGGAGCGCGUGGUUAUAGAGGAACUACCAUCUCCAGGGGGGAAGGAGAAGGGCAAGAAGUACUGCAAAAAGGGCCCUUCCGAGCGCUGGUACCAGAUUUUGUUCCGGGGAGUAAAGACUGAGGCGAACAAAAGUCCCGAGAGCAAGCAAUGCCCAACCGGCGAGGAGACAAGCAAUAAUGCUGCCUACAACACGGCAGCAAGCUAUCGAAUGCAAAAGCACCGUAAAAAUAGUAUAAAUUGCAUUACAAAUUAGCUCAGCAUUACAAAUAAAAUUUGUAAUGCUGAAUUACCUUGAUAAAAAGAUUUGUCAUGCAUAAAUGCAAUUACUACGAGUACCUACGAUACUUUUGCAUUGCAUAAAAGCUUCAAAGCAAGCAAUCCCGACGAGUAUCCGGAUCCGGAAACAAAUCCUGACGCUACCCUGGGUAUGAAAUGCAAAAAUGUCCGGGUCUGGAAGAAUGCAACUUGUGAUGCUGUAUUUGGAUUCCAAAAAAACCUGUAUUGCAUGAGUAGCAAACAGAAUGCAAUUUUUUCUACGCUGAGAAGAUAUUUGUCAUGCGGAAUAGGCAUCAAGAAGCCCUCAGAAAAUCUGUAUUGCUAGGGUAUGCAUCACAGACAUCAUGGCUCAUGCAAAACGUGCGUGACAACGACAAGUGUCAGAACCUUCCAGACCCAGACACUUUUACAAUUGAUACUGGGACCGCUGCGCCGCUUCAAAAACUACACAGCCUGUGACCCCCUUCCGAUGUGUCCCGUGGACUGUGAGACCACUGCGUGGGAGAACGAAGAUCCAUCGCAGCCGAACUGUUUCAACGCCAAGACAGACGCCGUGGACACGCGCAGAGACACGGGGGCCCCGUGUCUGCGAGGACAGGUAUGAAAUGUAAAAAUGUCUGGGUCUGGAAGAUUCUGAGACUUGUCAUGCAUGUUUUGCAUUGGCCAUGAUGUCUGUGAUGCAUGCCCUAGCAUCACAGAUUUUUUGAGGGCUUCGCGAUGCCUAUUCCGCAUGACAAACACCACUCCGCGUAGCAAAAAUUGCAUUCCCUUUGCUGCUCAUGCAAUAAAAUAGAUUUUUUUGGAAUCCAAAUUCAGCAUCACAAGUUGCAUUCUUCCAGACCCAGACACUUUUACAUUUGAUAACAGGGCGCCCGGUACUACCGCAAGAAGACCAGGAGUGUGAAGACAGAAUCUUAUCCUGUGCAAAAGUAUCGUACUCGUAGUAUUUGCAAUCAUGCAUCACAAAUUUUUUUCUCAAGGUAAAUCCGCAUCACAGAUUUUAUAAUUUCUCAUGCUGAGAAAAUUUGUAAUCGUAAUGCAUUUUUACGAGUACGAUACUUUUGCAAUUCAUAAAUCUGCCCACGGCGGCAAGGAGUGCCCGGCACCGGACGGAGUGGAGUGUCAGGCGGGUACCCUGGAGGAUGUGUACGAAUUGAUUAAGGGCAAGCUGGAGAAGUGCACGCCGCCCGAGGGCCCCAACAAAAAAGAACGCUGUACGCCUGUGACGACCGGCAUCGCUGCCGACGGCAAAAUCACUUUCCAGGACCUGGACUCGGCGAAGGACGACAAUCUCGUGGACCCGGAAGUGAUGGCGUUCGCGGACCAGAAUACAACACUUGGUGGCAGGUUCCGGUCAUGGUUUGACACAGAAGACCAGAACUCACAGAUAACCCUCGCCGAAUGGCGCAGGACGCUUUAUCUCCUGUUCCAGAAAGAGUGGAUCGAGCUAUCAAAAGGAAAAAUCCUCCCUCCCCAUAUCGAAAACGAAAUUUGUGGUGCUGUAUUUGAGUACACAAAUCGACUUGUCAUGCUAGAAUGCCAAGAGACGCAGCUGUGGCCUCGUUUGCAGGCAAUUUGUCAUGCUGUAUCCCACUUCCAGCUGCCCCCUGUCAUGCUGAAGAUGCAAGGCUUUCCCACGCCAACCAGCACUACAGUCCGCAUAUCUACCCUUCUAGCAUGACAAAGCUGAUUUGUGGUCGCAAAUCUGCAUCACAAAUUUCUAGUUUGAGUAUGGGGUGGGAAGAUUUUUCACUUUGAUACGAGCGCAAGGACCUCCCGCGGCUGAAAGAGAUCCUCGCGGGGGGCCGAGAGGUGGCCAGCGAGGCAACGUGCAAUGAUGUACGCAGAUACAGGGACUACAAGGAUCCACAGUGUAGUAUUGUACCACCUGGCGCUUUACCGCAGGGGCAGGCUGCGGCGGAAAAUGAACUGCCCAGGUGCGAGAUUGACUGCUCGCUGGGAGUAUCAAAUGUAAAAAUGUCUGGGUCUGGAAGAAUUGGAACUUGUGCUGCUAACUCUGGUCUGUAAAAAAAUCUGUAUUGCAUGACCAGCAAAAGGAGUCUAGUUUGUGCUACGCGGCGGGGAGGGCGUUUGUCAUGCGGAGCAGCCAUCAGGAAGCCCUCUAAAAAUCUGUGAUGCUACGUCGUGCAUUACAGACAUCCUGGGUCAUGCAAAACAUGCAUGACAAGUCUCAGAAUCUUCCAGACCCAGACACUUUUACAUUUGAUAGGGAGAGUGGCAAGACGACGAAUCCGCUUUCGGAGACAUAUGGCAUUCUCAAGCGUUACGCUCUCAACUGUUACAUGAAUUUGUCACGCAAGAACAGCAACAGUGAAAUCGUCACAACGUGCAAGAACUCUCGCAUCACAAAUUAUUCCGAGCAGAUUUUAAUGCUGUUUAGCCCUUCCAGAAUUUGUCAUGCGAAGUAACCGUGGUCGUCUGGCGGCUUAUGGUAAUUUUGCAUGACAAAUGAUGUAACGCUUGCCAAUGUAACAUUUGAGAAUGCUAUAAGACAGAGUGUUCACGUUUGACGAGCUGAAGGACGAGGUCGUAGCCUACAUUGUAUCCUGUGCAAAACAAGUAUCUGAUACUCGUAUUGCAGUCAUGCAUUACAAAUGUUCUCCUUAAGGUAACUCCGCAUCACAAAUUUCAUUUCACAUGCUGGGGAAAUUUGUAAUGCAUUUAUACGAGUCUACGACACUUUUGCAAUGCAUAUAUUGACCUAAACACCAAUAAACCGCAACAGUUUAUCACCCGUGCCAACUGGUUCGCGAAGUACGAAAUAUUAGCGGCCGCUGAGCAGGUAUGCAAGAAAAAACUGUGUAAGUGUAAGUGUAACUCUGUAAUGCAAAAAAUGAAAAACGAUUAUUUUUUAACGCUUGUCAUGCUCCACAUGCAUGAUGCGCUCGCUUCCUACGUGUUUUCAUUUCCCGUCCUAUCUGCGCAUGACAAGUUCUUCCUGUCAUGGCAGACAAAGUUGUGUGUGAUGCUGUUUUCCCAAAAAACCUACACUAACAAAUUUUUUUUGUUGGAUAGCAGGGGGCUGUGGCAGGGGGUACUUCUUAUCCUGAGUAAAAACGUCCCCACACCAGAGUUGUAAUGCAGAUUUGCAAAGACGGGAAGACUUGUAAUGCGCAUCCCCAUGAGAGCCAUUUCCAUUCGUGUAUUGGAAUUCGUGAUGCUCUGAACAGGAUGAGCAGAUGAAUCUGUGAUGCGGCUGCACUUGCUAACCUGCACUACACUGCGGAGUGCAGCUUGUCACGCGUGACUCCCAAAACUCCUAGGUUUGUGUUGCAAAAUCCCCAUCCUGACUCUGGUGUGGGGACGUUUUUACACAGGCUACUUCUCCAGCGACCUUGUCGAGCGUCGAGGACGAGUACAAAAAGGGCCUGCGAUAUCGCGAGAAAAAACUGUUUCACUGGAAACUUGUGAUGCAGAAAAUGGAUCGCAGAAGUCGUGUGUGUCAUGGUACGCGUGCAUGACAAUGGAACUCUAGCUGUGUUUUCCCUCAGGAGCAGCCCCGCAUGGCAAAUUUCCGCUGUCAUGUAAAGCAAACUUGUGAUGCAAAACUUGCAAAAUCGUCCUUACAGUGAAACACUUUUUUCGUACGAUAUGCGAACCCUUUUCGCAAAACUGGACUUCAACAAGGACAAUUUGCUCUCUGAGGCAGAAUAUGACCGAUUCUUCCGAGAGCCCGCCUGUGCGGCGUAUUGCAGUGAGGAGCCGCGGGUGAAAAAUCAGACGAGGGAAAUCUUGGUGCACCCGAAGUAUGGUGGCUACCCUUGCGAUAUCAAAUGCAAAUAUCCCUGGAUGUCUGGAAACUUGUGAUGCAAGGAAGGGAAUAAUGGGCUCACUGUAAAAAUGCGCUGCUUAGCAUGACAAGUUUCUUUCAUGGUUCAGAGUUGCGUAUCGCGCAUGAGAAACUGCGUUCUUGCAUGACAGGGAGUCGGAGCUCUUCGCGGCCACGCAAUACAUACUUCAGAGUCAUGCCGGACUAGCAUGACAAAUUUCGGAAUCUUCCAGACCCAGACACUUUUGCAUUUGAUAUACGAGGAAGACAAGCAAGCGAAUAUUCCCUGCGCGACCGGCGCAGACCCGUGCCCGGUGUAUCAAAAUGAAAAAUCCCCCCUCCCCACAUCAAAACGAAAUUUCUGAUGCGGAUUUGCGUACGCAAAUAAGAUUUGUCUUGCAGUAGAGGACCGCAGGCCCAUAUCAUGCAGCCAAUGUAGAGAGGUUUUGGGCUAGGCACAUAGCACGAGGAGCGUCUAUGCUGUAGGCCCAACAGCAUUACAAAUCGCCUACAUAAUGGGGCGGAGCCUAUGCGUUGCUUUCUUACAAGACAAAUGCGAUUUGUGGUCACAAAUAAGCAUCAGAGGCGUGCCAAUGCGAUAUGGGGACGAGGGGGGAUUUUUCUUUACGAUACGCAAGAUUGCAAGGUUAGUUCGUGGAAGGCCUCGUCCGAGGGAGCAGUAGACCCAGUGGAGAAUGGAGCUUGCCUCAACGCAGACACGGACCAACCUGACUAUCAGGUAGAAGAAGAUCUUACCGGAACAACAACUAUAUCGCAAGAAAAUAAGAGUGUUACAGUUACACACAUAGUCUAUGCAGGCCAAGCAAGACAGACAAGCUCUGUCAUGCCGGAUAGUACGCAGAGAAGUUUCGUUUCAUAGGUGUUUUUCCAUUCCCGUAGGAUUUCUCCAUUACAAGUUUUCUCUCUAAGGCAGAGAAAUUUGUGUAGUUGCUGAAUUGACUACAAAUGUGUAACUGUAACACUUUUUUCGCGGGAUAAACUACACCGCAAGAACAGUGUCUGAAGCUCGGAGUCCGGUACUACCGAAAGAAACAGCGCACGGUAGUAACGCAGGUGGCAAACGGGGGGAAACAGUGCCCCGGACCCAGGACGACCGAGAAUACAGCGGCGGGGGACAAACCCUGCCUGGCGGGACAACUAUUGGACGUGUACGAAUGGAUUGUUCAGAAGCUGACCGAGGAAAACGACGGAGCAAUAAGUUUCGGGGAUUUGGACACAGACCGAUCGCAAACAAUUUCCGAAGCGGAAUUUGGUACCUUUGCAGGCACUUCUGCUAAGUCCUUUCUCGACUGGUUGGACACGGAAGACCGCAACAAGGAAGUCACGCUUGCCGAAUGGCAGCGCACCUUCCACCUCGUGCUCGGCCUCGAGUGGAUCGAGCAAAAGGAUCUUCCGCGUUUGAAAAAAGUCCUGACCGGGGGCCCGGCUCGUGCCACGGAAGCCACCUGCGCGGAUUCUCUCGCCUUUCACGAUUACAACGACCCAAAGUGUAAUCUCGGGACGAGCACUUCUUUGCCAGCCUGCAAGGUCGAUUGCGAGCUGGGGGAGUGGCAAGAAGAGACACCAUGCUCGGCGACGUCCUGCGCGCUGCGUCAGGGCAUAACCAAGUAUAAGAGAACCAUUACGCUCCAAAGUGAUGUGAAAUUGCGUGGAAAGAAGUGUCCGGAGGUGGGUCGGGAGCAGGACCAAAUUCUUGGGCCGUGCAUGAAGGUGAAAGGCCAGGCAAUCGCUGCACUGGCUGAAUUAUCAUGUGCAAAAGUAUCGUACUCGUAGUAGUUGCAGUGUAUCAUGCAUUUUUACAAAUCUCUUUUCCAACGUAAAACAGCAUCACGAAUUGCAUUUUUCAUGCUGAGCAAACUUGUAAUGCGAUUUAUACUUAGUACGAUCAUCGAUCACGAUGUGUGGACUUCCGGCUGGCCACUGGAUUGUCCUUCAUAGGCCGCCGAGAGAUUCGCUCGCCUCGCUCGAUUUUUUUCUCCAUCCUUCUCUUUUUGCUUUUCUUUUCCAAAAAACUAUGCAUGUAGGAAUCGCACAUGACAAGACGGGCGUCCGUCGCGGCCGGAUCUCCCAGGGUUUCAGGGUUUAGGUUCGUUUAGGGUUCCUAUUUGACUUAGUACGAUCAUCGAUCACGAUGCUUUUGCAUUGCAUAUGAACAAUUUCCGCUUUACAUUCCCGCGUUGUCAAACCGCGGCGGCACCACGAAGACCACCUCGGAGCCCGACUGGGACGGGCUUUUUGGCUUGCUCGGUAGGGGCGAAGAGCGUUACGACCAGCCCGGGGUGCGGUUUACCCAAUUUUUGCCGUCCCAAUUUUUGUCGUUCGGGUCGGACCCGUGGUACAUCACGGAAGAGCAGUGGGUUGAGUUUUUUAGAAAUCUGGCGAGCGAUAUCGUGAGCAAAAAGUGUUACAGUUACACACCCUCUUGCAAGACAAGCAAGACAGACAACCUCUGUCAUGCAGGAAACACGUGCCAGCCUCAUUCCAUUAGUGUUUUCCUUUAUAGUCUGCGCAUCACAAGUUUUCUUCGCCAUGCAGAGCAAAUUUGUGAUGCAGAUACUCCAACAAAUGUGUAACUGUAACACUUUUUUCCUUGGAUAAACGAGGGUGGAGCAUCACCAUCAGCCUACGAAGCUGAGGCAGUCGUGCUCUUUCAGCUGCUAUCGAACGGAAAAACUGUGUUAGUGUAGGUGUCUUCGGGUGACAGCAUGACAAAUUUGUUUUGCAUGACACAGAAAUCCUGUCAUGCAGAAUUAGUACGGGAAAACACCUGCGCAAUAGGACUUCAUGACUGGCUAGCAUGACAAGUGUAACAGUGUUUCAUGCUUUGCAUGACAGACUUACACUUACACAGUUUUUUUCUUGCAUAGCUGCUCCAGGCGCGUCCGCGGACCAACCCAAAACGAACGCUUAUGGAUGUGUCAGGAUCGAAAUCGACAAAAUCGAAAAAUUUGUGAUGCAUAAAAUGUAGAGCACUGAAGGCCUGUAUUGGGGAGCAGGCAUACGAGACCGAUUGUAAGCCUGUUUAGGGGUAUGCAAUGUGCUGCCCGAGUAGCAUGACAGGAGCAGUCUUCUUUGCCCAAACAGCAUGACAAACCGGAUUUUGGUGAUCCCGAGAUUUGUCAUGCGCCACAUGAAAACUGAGGCUCCAACUGACAUCGAUCCUGUGCAUCACAAAUUUUUCGAUUUUGUCAAUUUCGAUUCUGACACUCCCAUAACGCUCAACGUCGACCCGAAUUGGGCAAACUGGUUCGCAAAUGACGGGACGAAGGAAUUCCUGUCCGGACCGGAUUCUGCUGCGCAACAGAAUGGACAAGUCGAAUACACCCCAUGGCGCGACUGCGAUCAGAUGCAUUUGACAAAACACGAAUGGGAAACGGUUGCCAAGGACGAAGCGUGGCAAAAUGUAUCAAAGGGAAAAUGAAUCCUUAAUCCCCCCUCCCUAUAUCAAAGGGGCAAUCUGUUUUGCGGCAUUUUUUGUGCAGUACACAAAUCAGCUUUGUCUUGCAGUAUACAUAGGCACGCAGGCAGAUAAAAAGCCUGGAAGGGGCUGGCUAGAGGUGGGCGCUCAGCAUGGCAGACGUCUGCCCUGUUGGUGCAGCAGCGUUGCCAAUAGCCUGCGUAAUAGAGCGGCGAUAGCUCUGGCCUUGCUCUCUUGCAAGACCGACCGGAUUUUUGGCCACAAAGCAGCAUAACAAAUUCUCAAAAGGACGCACUUUCGAUAUGGGCAGGGGGGAUUUUUCCUUCUGAUAAAAUGGAGCGCAGUACCACAGGGUCUACGAGGCGAAAAAUGGAGACGACCUUAUGAAAUGCAAAGACUGCAUCGUACUAGUAUAAAUCGAGUAGGCGUGGGCCUGUAGGCCUAAAUUCCGGUCGGUUGGUCGGUUGGUUGGUUGGUUUUGGACAGACGACAAUUGACCGAAUUUACGAAUUAUGGAAAAACGCAUAUCGGUUUUGAAUUUAGAAGACAACCACAACGGCAAGGAGGGCGAAACACGAUAGGGGGGUGGUCGGGGCGCGCGGCGCACCUGCCUCCCUACCGGGGCUGCAGCCCGCCCCUGCGAGGCUGGUGGCGCCGCAUCCUAUCGCCGCCCAGUAGGCACUUCCGCCAGGGCGGCAGAAAGGUCUCGGCAGAAGGAGAGUUCGAUGCGUCCACGCAACACAGACACAAAUCUGUGUUGCGUGGACGCCUAUCUGUGUUGCGCGCACCACAAAUCUGUGCUGUGCGCACCUCGCCGCAGACACAAAUCUCCGCUGCGUGCGCGCAGCACAAAUCGGCGCUGCGCACAAAUCUGUGCUGCGUGGACGCAAAUCUGUGCUGCGCGCAACACUAAUCAGCGUUGCGCGCAGCUCGUUGCAGACACAAAUCUGUGCUGCGUGGACGCAAUCGGAGCUCCGGGGGGCCUCGUGAGAGUUUGCGCAUGUGAGAUAGAAAGAGGUCGGGGCUCCAGUGCUGCGCUUUUCUCCAGCCACGGCCUGCGUUUCCUCAACCCAAGCAAAACACACUUGGGAAAUAGAGACAAACUCGCGCAAAAUUUGGAGCAACCCCCGCUGGGUCAUGCCGAGCGGGGGCUUUUUGCGCAACCCCGUCGCUGCGCGAGUCCCUUGCUUGCAAGCCCCCUGCUAAUAAAUUGAGCCAUAGGCAACGCACGCUCGCCCCACCCCCUCCCCCCCCCCGCUUGGCAGGUGGGUUGGUAGGUCGGUAGGCGUGGCCAAUAGCCACACACGCUCGCCCCCCCCGCUUGGCAGCUGGGUGGGUAGGUCUAGGUCGGUAGGCGUAGCCAAUAGGCCACGCACGCUCGCCCCGCCCCCCCCAUCAGGCAGGUGGGUGGGUAGGCCGGUACGUAGGCAUGGCCAGUAGGCAGCGCACGCUCGCCCCACACCCCCACCUGCCUGGUGGGUGGGUAGGUCGCUCGGCAGGCGUGGCCAAUUGGCAGCGCGCGCUCGCCCCACCCACCCACCAGGCACGUGGGUGGGUAGGUCGGUAGGCGUGGCCAAGAGGCAACACACGCUCACCCCACCCACCCACCAACGAGGUGGGUGGGUAGGUCGGUAGGCGUGGUCAAAAAUAGGCAGCGCACGCUCGCCCCACCCGCCCACCAGGCUCGUGGGUGGGUAGGUCGGUAGGCGUGGCCAAGGGGCAGCGCACGCUCGCCCCGCCCACCCACCAGCGAGGUGGGAGGGUGGGUAGGUCGGUGGGCGUGGCCAAUAGGCAGCGUUUGCUCGCCGCACCCAUCAACCAGGCUGGUGGGUGGGUAGGUCGGUAGGCGUGGCCAAUACGCAGCGCGCGCUCCCUCGCCCCACCCAUUCACCAGCGAGGUGGGUGGGUAGGUCGGUAGGUGUGGCCAAUAGGCAUCGCGCCCUCCCUCGCCCCACCCACCCACCAGGCUGGUGGGUCGGUAGGUCGGUAGGCGCGGCCAAUAGGCAGGGCGCGCUCCCUCGCCCCACCUACCCACCAUGUGGGUGGGUAGGUCGGUAGGCGUGAUCAGCAGGCAGCUGUCUCUGGGUGGCAAGGGAUAGGUAGGUAGGUGGGUCGGUGCGAUCACGGUACUACAAUGAAUCGAAAAGACGCCGGGUAGGUGGGUAGGUAGGCAGCUUCAGCAGUAACAAUAGACGAAUCUCAGAAAAACACAAAACACAAUGCAGCGGGUUCGGUCAAUUGUCGUCUGUCCAAAACCAACCAACCAACCGACCGGAAUUUAGGCCUACAGGCCCACGCCUAUUGUAUAAAUCGCAUGACAGAUGUUCUCAGCAUGAGAAAGAAAAUUUGUAAUCAUGCGGAUUUAACCUGAGGACGAAGUGCAUAUUUGCAAUUAGUACGAGUGCGAUAUUUUUGCAGUUCAUACCCGCACCUAAGGUCGAGGAGAGUACGAACGGUCAUAGUGUGCUUGCGCUCCGCGAGGUGAAAGCAAUGUGGCAAGAGUACGUAGCCUUCCGUGAUGCAAAUCCCUGCGUGCGGGUGCUCGCGCGCGCCGAGGAAGAAGACAGGAGCAAGCGCUGUCGUCCCAGCGAAGAAGACACUUUCACGCCAACGUCCGACCAGGUGGCAAAGCAAACAGCUGUUACCCUUGCGGCGCACAAGGCGGAGGUGUGCGAGUUCGAGAAUAAAAACAACAAGGUGUGCGGGGACUGCCUAUUCGAAGACAAGAAGUGGCGGUACAGCUUCGUGCCCACGCCAGACCUUCUUACUAACUUGCUACAAAGGUCUAUCCUGUGCAAAAGUAUCGUACUAGUAUUGCAGUCAUGCAUUUACAAAUCUUUUUCUUAAGGUAAAUCCGCAUUACAAAUUUUGUUUGUCAUGCUGAGGAAAUUUGUAGUGCAUUUAUACGAGUACGAUACUUUUGCAGUGCAUAAGGUCUCCCGUGGAGCAAGUGGAGCACUUCUUCGGGUCUGCAUUUCACCAGAACGGGAACAACCCGAAGGAGAUUGACCAAUCGACCUGGAAGGAGUAUUUUCACCUCCCCGAGACGUACGAACGGCGCGACGAAGAAGGGUAUCAAAUGCAAAAAUGUCUGGGUCUGGACGAGCCAAACUUGUGAUGCUGCAUUUGGAUGCUGAGAAAACCCGUAUUGCAUGACCAGCAAGAGGUGGAUUCAAAUUUGGCUAGGCGGAGAGGGCAUUUGUCAUGCUGGAUGCGCACAGAUAAGCGCUCAAAAAAUCUGUGAUUCUAUGGCAUACAUCACAGACAUCAUGGAUCUCAUGGAAAAUGUGCAUGACAAAGUUGUGCUCUUCCAGACCCAGACAUUUUUGCAUUUGAUAAAGGGUCGUCCUUCCCAAUUCCAAACGACGCUACGGUCAGAGCGGCCUUUAGCAGGUUGGACAAAAACGACCCGAAAGACGACAAGCUGCAACCAACAGAAUACGAAAACCUACCAGCCGGGUUGGAGUGCCCUGUCACCUGCAGGGACGGCACAAAUUUCGACCCGAUAUUCACCAGCAAGUGGAAAUACAUUGUUGGCCGAGACUACCAACAAGGCAAAGGCAGGGCUUGCGCGGAACUGCUCUCCUCCGAGGACAGAAGCGGGAACCAUCGAGAAGUUCUCAAAGACCCCUCGAAACAGUAUGAAGAAGACGCGUGGAUAUCCCGAAGAAAAACGUCCCCUCGUCCCCAUAGUCAAGAUGGGAAAGUACUUAAAUCUGCUACACAAGUCCCGAAGCUUUGGCUGUCGGCGCCAAUGAUAAAUUUGGGCUCGCAGUGUAGUCUUGUUUAGCUAGUGCAGCAGCGUCACAGAUCCGGUUUGUCUUUGUCACUCUGAUUCGAGCGUGGCAGAUCUCAAAUCUCCACCAGAAAGCGCCUCUGUCUCAUGUGUGGUCUCCGCAUGACGAGAAACAUUUUAAGCUUGCAGCAGAUUUUUUGCAUUACAACUCCGGCGGGUGGGGACGUUUUUACACAGGAUAGUGGAAGCUGGUUAUCUACGGCGUCCCGUGCUUGGGCGCUGAGUCGCUGCCGGAAUGCCCCGUCGUAUGGGACUCUCAAUUCUUACAUUCUCAAGUGAUGUCACAUGAAUUUGUAAUGGAGGAAUAGCAAAAAUCAAAGGGGGACGAUUGCAGCUCCUCUAGCAUUACAAAUUCCGCACAGAUUUGAAUGCUGAUUAGCCCUCUGGGAAUUUGUCAUGCGAAGUCGCUUCCCCCUGUGGAUGUUGAUGUUGAUUUUGCAUGACAAAUCUAUCGUGUAACACUUGAGAAUGUAACGUUUGAGAACGCCAUACGUCGACUGCGUGCUCUCGGAAUGGGUGGAAGGGUCGGACGACGAGUGCACGGACACCUGCGGCGACCUCGGGACCCGAACGGAAGUGAGAACUGUUACACAGCUCGCCAGGAACGGGGGCACCUGUAUCGUACGAAAAAAGUGCUUCACUGUAUGUAAGGACUUUGCAAGUUUUUAUGUAGUUGCAUCACAAGUUAUUUGUAGUUCUACUUCUACAUGAGUGAAAGAAAAUAUGCCAUGCGACAAAUUUCUUCCUAAGGGAUGAAAACACGUUCGAAAUUCCAUGUAUCUUGCAUGUGUAGCAAGACAAACACUUCUGCAAUAGAAGUACGCUUUCUGCAUCACAAGCUUGGUACUAUACAGUGAAGCAGUUUUAUCAUUUAUCGAAGAAAAAAACAUUGUUGGUGUAGAAUUCUCUGAAAUGAGUAAAUUUUUUUUUGGCGCAAAGGUGUGAAAUUUUUUUCGAGGACGGCACUCCUGUCUAUUCUCCGUUUGGUGUUUUGGAUUGUCUGUCAUGGCUGAAUCUAAUGGCUACCCCGCUCCGGGCACUACAUUAGCUAGCUGGGGAGGCAGGGCAAUGCAAAAACCUCUGCAGCGAAGCGGGCCGAUGUGUAACCUAUCGCUAUGGCGGCUUCUGGCCCGGCCUCGCGAUAAAGACUCAGCGAAGGGCAGGAAAAUCCGGCGCAUUCUUGAAAACGUCGAAUCUUCCUGCCGGUGAGUGUGUUUGCGCUUGUCUACUGUCAGCCCAUGCGGGGUGCCAGCUUGACACUUCGCAGCAAAAUUAUUCUGGGAAAUCAUGGGCGUGCGCGCCGCCUUUGGUGCAAUGUUGGGCUGCGCGUUCAUUCAAAGCACGGGCGGCGAACUCGCUGCUUCGCAUGAUUCGGAUGAGGCUCGUUUGAGGCUUCCAAAAAUGAACCAAAGGAAGAAAAAUCUCGGAGUGUAGGUUUUUACAAGGGAAAAAAGAGGGGUCAGCAGUAGGGUCAAAAACUUCGCUUAUUUUUUUAACAAUCUCCGCCGCGGCUAACAAUUUACACUACUUCAAAAAUUUAAAAAACCAUGGGGAUUAGAGAAAAGAAAAAACCUAGUGUAGUUUUUAAGGUUCGUGUAGCGGACCCCUUCGAGGUAGGGUCAAAAAGCACACGCAUUUUUCCAACAGUCGCCCACCCGCAUAAAAAUUUACACUCCGAACUUUUUCUUCUGUUUGGGCCAAGAGAUCAACAAGAACUGGCAAGAUCCGAAAGGGAGCUGCGCAAGUCCCCAAGCGCGCCCAUCGCUGACCGGCAUGGACGCAAGUCGCUGGCUUUUCGAGAUGCGUCCGGAGCUGCGGAGCUCAGAAAGCAGCUACGUGGUGACGGUCGUUUUGCGGAAGGCCUUUGCGUGGUCGCGCGCCCUGUAGCUGGCGGCCGACCCGGUCGGAGGCAGGCCCGGCCUCGGGCAUAAGACAGGACCAGCGAUCCGCGACUGCGGGUCAGCAGACUUCGCGGCACAGCCCCGCUGAUCGUCUCCGCCCCCUCGCGGCAUUGGCGAGCAGUCUAGCCUCCUUAACUAUUUCACUUCCACAAAAGCAGCCAAAGCAAGUUUGGCCCACUCAGAUUUAUAACGCAAGCUCCCCGAAGCUGCGCGAUGGCCGGGCGGGUUUGCUUUAAAAGUAAUUUUGAUUGAACUAAGAAAAAAAUCCAUGCAUUUUCGAAAAUCCUACACUAACAAUGUUUUUUUCUUCGAUAUCAUUUUCCUUGGAUAAACUGUCCCGAGGAAUGGGAAAGCGAAAGAACGCGGACGGUACCUUGCAAACUAAGGCCCUGUCCAGUGGACUGCGUCUUGAAGCAGUGGGAAACCUGGGAACCGUGCUCGCAAACCUGCACGCCCCGGGACCACGGGGAGCCGAUUGAGGACUUCUACGGCAAGCGAACCCGGAGGAGAGGGAUACAAAUCGACCAGGCGUACGGCGGAAAGAGCUGCGGGCCGCUAACCCAGACGGUAUGCAUUGCAAAUAUCGAUCUUCUGGGUCUGGAACAGGUUGCAACUUGUGAUGCUGUCUCUGCAUUCUAAGAAAUGAAAAUCUGUAUUGCAUGACCAGCAAGAGGGGUCCAGUUUGUGCUACAUGGAGAGGGCAUUAUUUCUCAUGCGGAAUAGGCAUUAGGAAGCCCUCUAAUAAUCUGUGAAGAUGUUGCUAGGUGAUGCAUUACAGGCAUCAUGGGUUUGGGUUAUGUAAAAUCUGAAUGACAAGUCUUGCACUCUUCCAGACCCAGACACAUUUGCAUUUCAUAGACGGGAAAAUGCGGCAGCGAGCUGUGUCCCAUUCCGGCGAUUGACUGUUUGUUGACGGAGUGGACGCGGGAAGACGACAGCUGCGCGAAAACCUGCAGAGACAGUGACUACGAGACUGUGGACGAAAGGUGGCACCGGUCGAUAGAUCAAGAGCCGUCCGUUAUUCUGAGGAAAAACGUCUCCACCUCCCCAGAGUUGUCAUGCAAAUCUGCAGGCCAAAAAAGUUUCUCACGCGGAGCCCCAUGAGAAGGAUUUUCUGUUUGUGUUUUGGGAUUUGUGAUGCUAGAAUCAGCAUGAUAUGCUAGAGCUGUGAUGCUGCUGACCUACCUAAAACAGGACUACACUACGAGGACAAACUUCUUGUCAUGCGAAACAACCAAAGCUGGUUGAUUUGUCUAGCAGAUUGCCCAUCUUGCCUCUGGUGCGGGGACCACGUUUUUACUCAGGAUAUCCGGAAACGGCAAGCAGUGCGACACACAUCGCGAAGAAGUGCGGCGUACUUGCAAGCCCCCUAGGUGCCUAUCAACUGUAAAAAUGUCUGGGUCCUCUGGAAGAAUCCAACUUGUCAUGCUGAUUUUGGAUUCUAAAAAAAUCUGUAUUUCAUGAGCAGCAAAUAAGAGAGUCCAAGUUUAUUUGCUACACGGAAAGAGCAUUUGUGAUGCGGUAUAGGCAUCAGGAAGCCCUCACAAAAUCUGUGAUGCUAGGGCAUGCAUCACAGACAUCAGGAGUGGUCAUGCAAAAUGUGCAUGACAAACCUGGCAAUCUUCCAGACCCAGACAUUUUUACAUUUGAUAGUGCCCGAUCGACUGCAAGGUGUCGGCGUGGACCGCGUUUGGGGCUUGUAGUGUGUCUUGUGGCGGUAUCCACAGUAAAUUUCCCGUACACGUACAGAUGCGGUCUCUGCAUGACAAAACUUGGCUUCGAUCCUAGUUUAGCAUGACAAGUUUUACGCUCCAAAUUGGGAAAAUUUGUGAUGCAUGUUGUACAUGUACGGGAAAUUUGUAUUGCAUAGGCGGUGGGCAAAAGAAGAGAACAAGGACGGUUACGACCAGAGAUGCUUUCGGCGGGACGCCUUGCCUAUCCUGUGCAAAAGUAUCGUACUCGUAGUAAUUGCAAUCAUGCAUUACAAAUUUUUUUCUGAAGCUAAAUCCGCAUUACAAAUUUGAAUUUGUAAUGCAUUUUUUUAUACGAGUGCGAUACUUUUGCAAUGCAUAUUGCCCAGAGUUGACCCAAGUGCAAAGUUGCAACACGCAGCCGUGUCCCAUCGAUAUCGAUUGCGAGUUUUCUCCCUGGAAAAACGUCGGGGAGUGUAGCACUUCUUGCGGUUCUGGUAAGCAAUUGCAGACAAGAAUUGUGAGCAUACCACCCGAGAACGACGGACUGACCUGUACGGAGGUAGCAACUGCACAAGACUCUUCAUUCACCGGAAGGCAGGGGAACGCGCUGUUAUCACACCGAAUCCUCUGUCCUAACCUUCCGCUGUGCCCCAUCGAUUGCCAGCUUUCUCCCUGGAAAAACGACGGGAAGUGUAGCACUUCUUGCGGUUCGUCUGGUUCGCAACAGCAGACAAGAUUUGUGAGCAGAAACCCGGAGUACAAGGGAAGGAGCUGUGAGGAGGUAGCAAAGGACUUAGAAGCAACUGAGCAAGACCCCGCAAUCGCCGGAAGGACUGUGACAAAGGCCGGGCUUUUAGCCCGCUCAUUCACCCCCUGUCCUAACCCGGAGGACAACAAGCAUUGCCCCGUCGACUGCCAAUUGCCGGACUCCUGGACGCUUGGCCAGUGUUCCAAAACCUGUGGCGAGGGUACGCGGACCAAAACGCGGAAGCUAUCCUCGAUGUAAAAGCGUCUACACGACCCCACACUUGUCAUGCAAAUCUGCAAGGAGCCCCAAAUGUAGUUUCUCAUCCGCAGGAGCCCCGGAACGUAAGUAGAGCAUAUUCUCAUGUUAUCUGAAGCUGGGGGCCCCAUGUCGUGCGCGAAUCAGAAUAAGAUGGCUGUCGAUUUGAUGUGAUCCAGCAGUACUAGCUAGCUGAAACAGGAUCAUCAUCAUACAAGCCCAAACUUGUCAUGCAAAACGGGCAAGAACACUUGUUAGUUUUUCUUUGUGUAGUACUAGCAAAAUGAUCCCCGUUUUGAGGACUCUGCGUCGUGGGCCACGUUUUUCCAGAGGAUAGAAGCCCACAGUCGAGCCCAUGUAUGGGGGGAAGGAGUGUGCGGAGACCAGCGCGGUGGAGCAGUGUAACCUGGGGGCCUGUCCACCACCGAUCGACUGCAGGCUGUCGCAGUGGACGGAUGCUGGUGUGUGUUCAAAGACUUGUGGCGGCGGAAUUAUUACCAGGACGCGCACGAUCGACCAAAAGGCGGAAAACGGCGGGAAGCCCUGCGAAGCCCUGCGGGAGGAGGUGGCUUGCAAAACGCAGCCAUGUCCGAAGAUCGAUUGCGAGCUUUCUGCCUGGACAAAGGACGAGGGGUGCAGCGUCACUUGCGGUCCGGGGGUGCAGAAGUGGACCCGAGUUCAAACGCAGGAUGCGCUGAAUGGGGGCCGGACAUGCGCUAUCGAAAGAAAAAAUCCCCCCUCCCAAUAUCAAAACGGACUUUUUGAUGCUGGAGCUGUGUACACGACAUCAAAUGCGCUUUGUAUGACAGGAAGGCAUUGCAGCGGCCAGAUCCCCACCCUAGGUAGGGGCGUUUGGGCCUAGUUGUUCAGCAUUGCAAACGGCUGCCCUCUAGGACCAGCAGCAUGCCAAAUCGCUUCCCUAAUGGGGCGGACGCUUCUGCCCUUGUCUUCUUGCAAGACAAAUGUGAUUGAUGGCCACAAAUCAGCGAGCGCAAAUUUUCGGAAGACUACCUUUUCAACAUCGGGAGGGGAAGUUUUUCCUUUCAAUAUGCGCCCAAGUAGAUCCGGAACCAAACGGCUUCGGCGCUUUGACGAAGCGAACCGGCUGCAGCAACACGCAGCCAUGUCCUGUCGUUUUUAUCGUACGAGAAAGCUGGUCUCCCAUGGCUCUAACCUUUAUUGUCUCAGUAUUACAGAUUUCCUCCCCAUGACGACACGCAAUAGAAAUUCAACUUGCGUGAUGCGCCACAUGCUUGCAAUGGAAGAAAACACGUUGUAGCUGUACCCGAUAUGAAGCGUCCUUUUGUAGUUCCUCUUGGACGUUUUCGUCUAUUAUGACAAAAUACAAACUGUCUCGUCACGAGUGGAAUUCCUAUGCCUUGCAAGUAUGUCUGGGUCUUGGACUUUGUGUUGCUGAUACCUGGGUAGUUGCAGAUUAGGUGCUUGUAAGGCAUACCAGCAUGAGAAGCUUUCCGCAGCCUGUUGCGGAUUCAUGCGCAUUUAGCAUUACAAACUGCCAUCCAGCACGACAAAAAAGCUAACCAGUCGCGUUCACGCGUUGACAGAUAUUGUUGCCCCUGAAGUGGCUUGUAUCACAAAGCCAGACACAGACAUAUUUGCAGUUGAUAACUCUGUAGUAGGUACACGAUGGGACUCAGCCAGUUUUAUCCAGUGCAAAGAUGUCUGGGUCUGAGACGUGGUUCGAACUUGUAAUGUUGGUCGCACAUAAUUCCAGUGAAAGUUGUAUCGCAUGACCAACAAAAGUCACAGCUUCUCGUGCCAGAUAAGAAAAGCGCGGCUACUCAUGCGGAUUGCGUAAUAUGCGAAAACGCUCUGCAGCACGCCCUUCAUGCUUGGCUGCAUUCGGAAUUGUUUCCAUCAUCCACAGUGGCGUAUGACAAGUCUAUUCCAGAUCCAGACAUAUUUGCAAUUCACAAGUUUUUUCUCACGACCACUUGGACGGGGGUGUGCAUUCUUGCUUCACAAUAUCCAAGAAAGAAAGACUGUUUAUUAGAAGUCGCGUAGCUCCUUUGUGAAUGUGAUGCGCAGCAUGCAAGGCGAUUGCGUCUGUCAAAUUCUGGCUAUGCAUGUUGUUGACAACUUCUACGGUCAAUUUAAGCGCGUUGCUCCAACGGAAACGGACACCCUCCUGCGCAAAAUGACAACAAAUUUUUGCCGUCAUCAUGCUCCAAAUCAGGUCUGUGUCUGUGAUGCUGUUCCUCCUGUUCUUACUCCAAAAAACUUACGCCGCCACGAUUCUACUUUUUGUUUUCUUGGAUAAGGGGGCGAAGACGCGGGCGCCCACGUUGUACCCGGAUUGGGUGCCCAAUCAUUUCGAAGAGUUGUUCAAACCCAUCGGCGGCUUUGUUCGUUGGACGCAGUUUAAGACUGCCGGAUUCAAUCCGUGGGCCAACCCACCGCCACCCUUCAUGCCGCACUGGGCCUGGAUGUCGUUCUGGCAAGGGCACGGGCAGUGCACAACAAAGGGCACUUGCGACACGGCGAGCCUGGCCUUCCACCUGCUGCAGGCGCGGUGGCAUACCCAGUAUGCGAAGAACCUAUGCAUUGCAGCAAAAGUAUCGUACUAGUACAUAUAAAUUGCAUGACAAUUAUUAUAUUUUUUUCAGAAGGAAAAAUGGCAUCUGUGAUGCUGAUUGUGGUCGGACAGUAGAUUAAUUCGACAUCGCUUGCCUUCAUCCGGGUUCUUGUCCGCACACCUGGACCUUGGUUGUCAUGCAUAACUGCAAUCAGUAUGAGUCCGAUAGUUUUGCACAGGAGAGAGCCCGUGGGGAGCCAUCUGCAAAAAGGUGGACCCUAUCGAGAGCAAAUAUGUACGGGUCUAGAAGAAAGUUGUGCUGCAAGUCUGUGAUUGGAGCGCCAGGAGGCCCAGGUAGGCGCGCAGCAAUUAUAGUUAUACGCAGCCACGCAUGACAGGUUUUCUUUUGGAACUGCCACUGCGAUUUGUUUCGUUUUGCGACUGACAGACAAGAGCAGGCUCAUUUAUUCCUGCUCAUGCAUCACAAAAAUAUAAAAAGUCAUGCUAUUCGAGCAUGGCGAACUGAAACUUGGACUCUUCUAGACCCAGACAUCUUUGCAAUGGAUAGACCCGGCUUGGAAUUCAUUCCCGGUGGGAAACAAGUGGCUUGCCGUAUCGUAACGGAAAAUCCCCCCUCCCCAUAUUGAAAAGGUGCGCGGCCUCUUAAAAUUUUCAGUGGUGAAUAGAUUUGUGUACGCAAAUCCUGCGUCAGAGAUUUCGUUAUGAAUAUACUGGACAAGGGGGGAUUGUUUUUCAUUUUGAUAUGCCAGCGGCCUGCAUAACGGUGACCGCGAUUGCAAAUUGGAAAAACUCACACACUACGAGUGGGAGACGGUGGCGAGUGAUUAUGCGUGGGAUGGUAUCAAAGUGAGAAAUCCCUUCUCCCCAUAGUAAAAACAAAACUUCUGCUGCUAUUAUUGUAGAUUUGCGCACACAAAUGAGGCCUGCUGUGCUGUAAACUGCGAGCAGAUUCUCAGCCUUGAUCUUGGGCGCGUAAUGGUCUAGCCGUUGGUUUGGAAGAAAGGGAAACCCCUGCCCUGCAGGCUCGACAGCAUGACCAACCGCCUUCAUAAUGUAUGCGGCGCAUACAACCUGCUGCUCGGCGCUUGCCUUAUUGCGGAAGACAGAAUUAAACUUGGGCCACAAAUCAGCGUCGCAAACUUUGAGAAGGAAGAUGUCGUCUCAAUGUGGGCGGGAGAGGGAUUUUUCCUCGCCAUAAUGUGGGGCAACAAUCCCGAAAGUCGGCACUGGCAGGGGCAGGAGCCCGAAAGUCAGAAUGGGCACAGCCUCCUGACCUACAUCGAGCUAACAUACGCCUGGGAGGAGUACAAGCUUUGGAAAAUAAAGAACCCGUCCAAGAUAUGCAUUGCAAAUAUGUCUGGAUCUGGAAGGUUCGGGGAGUUUGUCAUGCAAAUUGUAGAUGGCUCCCGAUCCGAUGGAUGCCUGUGAUGCAUUUGCAUGCUUUAUCGUCACAGCUUUCGCAAAGGUUUGCUCAUGCCUAUCCUGCAUGAGAGAUCCCCUCUCCAGAUGGCAACACAGUCUGAGUGUCUUUUGCCUCUCUUGCAAUACAGAUUUUUGCGUGAUCGACAGCUAGCAGCACGAGUCCCAUUCUUUCCACGACACCCAGACAUAUUUGCAGUUGAUACAAGAUGCUUCUUAAAGAAGAGGUUGCAGUCUAGGGCGGAGCUUGGUUGAUAUAUAUGCAGAACAUAAGCUGGCACAGGAGGUGGUUCAUGUGCGCAUCGAACUCCAAAUCAACAAGAAUCCACACAGUAGUGAUGAGUGAUGUAGUAUUAACGCUCCUUCUUCAGAACGCUGUAGCCGCUGGUUAAGUUUUUACACAAGUUAUCACCUAAUAAAAGAUCACGACGUAUCAAUCUGAUACGAAGGGGAAGGUUGGACAUCAUCAUGACCCUGAUGUAAAAAGGCAGAGCACGAGUUUUUUUUUUCAAAGGUCGCGAUGGGAGCAGGGCGACUAAACAGUCGCAGCUUAUCACACUGCCCUUCAUGAUCCGGAGGUAAAAGACCUAGAGGAAGUUGCUAGUACUACCUACUUUGAAGUUGUGCUUGUGGGUGCCAGUGGUCCAAAGCUGAAAUAUUAUGCGAUCAAAGAGUCGAAAACUAACAGAGCAGAAGAUGUUAAUUGAAUAUACUAUCAGAGACUCCUGGAAUUAUUCUGCAAACACAGAGACUAUACGUAAAUUCUAUCAAAGACUCCUCGAAAGAAUUUUGUCAUGUAUUCUAUCAAAGACUCCUCGAAAGAAUUUUGCUAUGUGUGUGUUGUGGCAUUCCGCAGCUCACGAUGAAACUUUACAAAGGAUAUCCCAAAGCAAAUCGAAUGAAAUUAAAACCAGUGUGUGACGCCAAGUUUUUUUGAAAGCAGUUUAGUAUUUUUUUUACGGAAGGAACUUCACAAAGAGAAAGAGUCAUAUUAGCUAAUACGUGCACAUAGUCAUGUGUUACUUGUACAAAUUUGGAUGGAGAAAUGAUAUGAGCAGCUAGGUAUUCUUUUUUUUACACAUGAUGGAGCCCGUGAACCUGAAGUUUUAGAAUAUACUGACGUUGAAGAUGAUUGCGAGAACUACGAAUGGAAAAGAACAGGAAGGCACUCAGUGUCAGUCACUCAAGUAAGAUUGUCAUUGUUCCUCGCCCUGGCGCUGGUUAGGAGAUGUUGG